AUGGACUUCAGGAGGUUGAAACACACCAAGCACUCUGCUCUCAUACAGGGAGAUGCGGUUCAGAGGGUGGAGAACUUCAACUUUCUCAGAGUCCACAUCUCGGCUGACCUCACUUGGUCCACCCACACUUCUCAACAAGUGGGGAAGGCUCAACAGAGACUUUACUUCCUCAAGAAGCUAAAGCAUGACCACCUCCCUCAAAACCUGCUGAUGAACUUCUAUUGCUCAACGAUAGAGAGCCUCCUGAUGUACAGCUGCACAGUGGAGGACAGAAAGAACCUAGAAUGGGUGUUUCCCCCCUACUACGAUUGGAGUCAGGCUGCCCCGUGUAAUGAAGAGGACAUCUAUGAUUUUGCACAGCGAUACUACCCUGUGGUCUACAGCUUGGUGUUCAUCCUAGCUCUUGUGGGCAACGUGCUUGUGCUGUGUGUGAUCCAACGCUACCGUAGUUCUCAGAGAGGUGGAGUGGCAUUCUCUCUGACCGACACCUUCCUCCUGCACUUGGCCAUUUCUGACCUGCUGCUGGCCUUCACGUUGCCUCUGUUUGCAGUGCAGUGGGCCCAUGAGUGGGUGUUUGGCUUGGUUGUUUGUAAGCUCUCUGGUGCCCUCUUUUCCCUGAACCGCUACAGCGGCAUUCUUUUCCUGGCAUGCAUCAGCUUUGAUCGAUACCUUGCUAUUGUUCACGCAGUCAGCUCUGGCUGGAAGCGCAACACGUGCCACGCCCAGAUUGCGUGCGCUGUCAUCUGGGUAUUUUGCCUUGGCCUGAGUGCUGUGGACUUCAUCUACAAACAAGUCGAUGCAGUCAGCACGUUGAGCCACCAGGGGCUGCUACUGUCGGUGUGGUUCACCAAGAAUACAGUGCAGUGGCAGGUGGGGUUGCAGCUGACCAGUGUGGUCCUGGGUUUUGUGCUCCCCCUGCUGAUUAUGCUCUACUGCUACAUCUGGAUCUUCAGGUCUCUGUGCAACGCCACGCGCCGUCAAAAACGCAAGUCGCUUCGCCUCAUCAUCUCCUUAGUGUCUGUGUUUGUCAUCUGCUGGGCACCUUACAGCUGCUUCCAGCUGGCAGAUAGCCUGUACAAGCUGGGCGUGGUGAGUGGCGGCUGCACGUUCGGACACGUCAUCGACAUUGGAACUGUGAUUAGUGAAGGCAUAGGGCUGUCGCACUGUGCGCUCAACCCGCUGUAUGGAUUUGUGGGUGUGAAGUUCCGGCGGGAAAUGACAAAAAUGUGUAAGGGUCUGCUGGGACAACAGUUGGGGAUGGAAGGAUGGAGGCACAGGAGCAGAAAAUCAACAGCAUCGUCAACGUCUUUAGGGAGCGAAAACACCUCCUACUCUGUGAUGGUGUGAGGAACACAGACAGAUAUAAGGGCUGUGGAGAUAAUAAAUACACGCUCACAUUUUCCCAACCGUAGUCAUAUUAAAACAUUAUCAGUCAACCUCUGACAGGUCCACUCACCUUUGAUUAUCGUGCCCUACGAGAGAAAUGACUUGAGACUACAGAAAGUAGUUUAUUAACUCUUAAAUGGAUCUUUUAGGAUUGCUUACAACACAUAUUUCUGACAAUAUUAUUAAAUUCCUAACAGGACUAUUUCCCCACUGGUGGUAUGUCAACUGUUAACUUCCAAUGAAUAUUCAAAAUUUGCUUUUGUUGCCCUGUGUUGGCAAAGCACCAAUAGCAGGGUAUUGUUUCCCUUGUGUGUGUGUGUGUGUGUGUGUGUGUGUGUGUGAUUUCCUUCAAAGUUGGUGGUAAUAUUGCUUGGAUGGAUAUCUCAACAACCAUGAAGUCUAGAUGGAUUAUAUAAAGCAUAUAUUGAUCAGCAAAAUAUUUGUAAUUUGUAU